AUGAAUUCCAGUCAAAUAGGAAUGAAUCUGUCAAAUUUUUCUGAUUCAUAUUACAGAUUCGCUGAUACUUCAAGCUUUAAAGUACCGUCUUCACCUAUAAAUUCCACAUCGCAUAAAAGAAAAAGAUCUGAAGACCUAGACAUCAUUACGCAUAUUACGAUUCACAGCCAAGCAUUAGGUGGUCAGAUAAUAAAUGAGCAUGCUAAGAGGUGUCAGUCGCAUAAGAUUCACUCAGAAGUACAUCAGAAUACUAUAGACUUGAUGAUGAAAUCACAAAAAAUACUUCAAGAACAAGAAAGGUUGCAUAAGCUAUAUCAUGAUGAUAAUUCGAUGCACGAAAAUACAAAUACUAAUGACAUGAUAGAUAGCUUUAAGCAGAGACCCUUCUGGCCUGUUUUAAAUAAGAAUCAAACCUAA